AUGGCUAUCCACAAGAACCUUCCAAUUCUUAAGAACCACUUCAGAAAGCACUGGCAAGAAAGAGUCAGAGUCCAUCUUGACCAAGCUGGUAAGAAGGCAUCCAGAAGAGCUGCAAGAGCUGCAAAGUCUGCUAGAGUUGCACCAAAGCCAGUUGAUUUACUUAGACCAAUUGUCAGAUGUCCAACCAUCAAGUACAACAGAAAAGUCAGAGCAGGCAAGGGUUUCACCGUUGCUGAAUUGAAGGCUGUUGGUUACACUCCAAAGUAUGCUAGAACCAUUGGUAUUGCUGUUGACUUGAGAAGAGUCAACAGAUCUGUUGAAUCUUUUGAAGCUAACGUUGCAAGAUUACAAGCUUACAAGGACUCCUUGAUCAUCUUUGACAAGAACACCAAGCCAACUGGUGAACAAGUCUCCAUCUCUGCUACCUUCCCAGUUGAACAACCAGCAGCUGAUGUCACCCCAAGAGCUGUUGUUGUUCCAGAACAAACUGCUUACAGAACCUUAAGAUUAGCAAGAUCUGAAAAGAGAUACAAGGGUAUUAGAGCAAAGAGAGCAGCUGAAAGAGCUGAAGCUGAAGCUGAAAAGAAGAAAUAA